UCAGUCUGCUCUCUUUUUGUUAUGUAGUGUGCCCUCCUGCGUUGUUUAAAAACAGAAUCGGAUCAGACAGCUCAUGGAAUGAAACGUCAGUGCAUGGAACCUUCACAUGAAUACAAUUUAAACAGUCGAUCAAGAGGGAGAAUGACAUAAAAAUAAAAGCGGGAGUGCUUCGUAUUCUGCAGUUUAUAUAAUUCCAUUACUCGGCUUAUUUGUAUUUAUCUGCUAAUAAGGUUCGGAACGAAAUUCAGAGGUUAACAUGAAGAAGGCAAACUGGAAUAGGCAAUUAUCAUGGGUUUCGCUAGUUGUGUGCAUAGGAGUGAUCAUUUCCCUGGUGUUCUUGCUUGCCGAUCGUUCUGGGAAGACUGGAGAAAUUAGGAGAGUUUUGUUGAACAGAGGCCCAGAAUCUUACGACGUGAAGCUCCAUACCGACGAUCCUCAUCAGGUGGUGGUGGAUAAUGGCAUCGUGCGAGUGAGUUUCUCGAGACCAGAUGGUCAUGUCUUGGGAAUAAACUAUAACAAUGGUCUCGAUAAUUUGCUUGAAGAACAUAAUGGCAAAGCCGAUAGAGGGUAUUGGGAUGUAGUUUGGAAUGAUCAGCCAGGUGGUCGUGAUACUGGAAUCUUCGAGAGAGUGACAGGAACAAACUUAACGGUAAUAACUCAGAACGCAGAACAAGUAGAGCUUUCAUUUAGCAGGACAUGGGAUGUUUCCAAACGUGGAGAGAGUGUUCCUCUAAAUAUAGACAAGAGAUACAUAUUGCGACGUGGAAACUCGGGAUUUUAUUCAUACGCAAUAUUUGAGCGUGUUAAGGGAUGGCCGGCGGUGGAUAUUUCACAGAUUAGGAUUGUUUACAAGCUGCAAGAGAAAAUAUUUCACUACAUGGCAAUAUCUGACGACAUCCAGAGGAGUAUGCCCACGUAUCAAGAUCGCGAAAACGGUCAGGUCCUAGCUUACCAGGAGGCUGUUCAGUUGACCAACCAAGUUGGACCAAAAUUUCGAGGACAGGUAGAUGACAAGUACCAAUACUCGGUGGAAAACAAAGACAAUAAGGUUCAUGGAUGGAUAUCUUCAAGCCCGUCCGUUGGAUUAUGGGUCAUAACACCGAGUAAUGAGUUCCGGACAGCAGGGCCCAUGAAGCAGGAUCUCACCUCCCAUGUGGGCCCCUUUGCCCUCUCUAUGUUUGUGAGUAAUCACUACGCUGGGAAAGACGUAGAGAUGAAGUUUGAAGAAGGAGAGCCAUGGAAGAAAGUUUUUGGUCCUAUAUUUGUGUAUGUAAAUUCGCUCUCUAACGGGGAAAAUGCCUCAAAACUUUGGAAAAACGCCAAGGAGCAGAUGUCGAUUGAAGAAGAAAGUUGGCCAUACAAUUUCACAAAGUCAGAAGACUUUCCUUUUGCUGACCAACGUGGAACCGUUACGGGUCAAUUGAUGGUCUAUGACCCGUAUAUCAAUAAGGAAUUAAUGCGUGGGAAAUCUGCUUACGUGGGAUUGGCGGCUCCGGGAGAGGUGGGAUCAUGGCAAAAGGAAAGCAAGGGCUAUCAAUUCUGGACCCAAGCAGACGAGCAAGGACGAUUUGUCAUUAAAAAUGUCCGACCUGGAGACUAUAAUUUGUAUGCGUGGGUCCCUGGUUUCGUUGGGGAUUACAAAAAUAGCUCCACCAUUUCUAUUAAACCAGGUUCUGAAAUAGAUCUGAAUGUUCUUGUGUAUGAGCCUCCAAGAAAGGGUCCGACCCUGUGGGAAAUUGGCAUCCCUGACCGCACGGCCGGAGAAUUCUAUAUACCUGAUCCAAACCCAGCACUCAGGGUCCCAUUGUACAACAUUAAUAAUUCUAACCCAGAAAAAUACCGACAAUAUGGCUUAUGGGAUCGGUACACAGACUUAUAUCCUGAUCAGGAUCUCAUCUACAACAUCAGUACCAGCAACUAUCGUACUGAUUGGUUCUUCGCCCACGUUACGAGACGUGUAAAUGGUCGGUCAUAUGAAGGAACAAUAUGGCAAAUUGUAUUUGAGUUGCAAACAGUGAAAGACAACAGCAACUACACCCUCCAGAUGGCCUUGGCGUCAGCGGAAGCAGCUACCUUGCAGGUUCGGUUGAACAAUCCGAGGGCCAGAUUUGCUCACUUCAGCACAGGAGUUAUAGGAGAGGACAAUGCCAUCGCAAGGCAUGGAGUUCAUGGGUUAUAUUGGUUUUAUACCAUUGAUGUACCAAGCGAUCUACUCCAAGUAGGAGAAAACACAAUCUAUCUCAGACAAGCAAAGAGCGGAAGUCCUUUUCAAGGAGUAAUGUAUGAUUACCUUCGACUCGAAGGGCCUCCUCAAGAGUGAUAUAUCAUAUAUUUACUUGAUUUUGGAUCAUUUUCCCCCAGUUAAACAGAUCAAUACUCUAGAAAAUGAUUCCCUUUGCUAUAUCAUCAAUAGAAUAAUGUAUUUUUUAUCAUUUUACCGCGCAUUUCAUAGAAAAGGAUUUAUUGUAUGUUGUGUUUCUUAGGAAAACCAAGAAGGUUAAUUGAAGGAAUCCGUGGAAAAAGCGCUUGCACAUGCAA